CUUCGUGAGUGGUUUCCAGUGACUCCCAGAUUUCUUUGGCAGUCUCGCACUGGGCUACCUGACUCCUUUCUUCUGUACUUAGAGCCGAGAACAAUAUAUGCAUUGCCCUCGAAUCUUUCUGGGAAGACAGUUUCUGGUCAUCUUCCCAUUUCUCUUCGUCUUCGUCGUCCAUGGGAAUUGGUCCAUUCUUCACAAUGGCCCAAAGCCCUCCAUCAAUUCCUCGAAGCCAUCCCAGCGAUCGUCUUUGGCGAACCUUUAAUCUCUCAAAGACCCUGCUCUGAUACCAAUUGUUGAAAGUAGAAAUGUGAGAAACUCUCCCGAAAACACACACACACCUUAUCUUGCUA